GGUGGGGUAUUUUAUAUUGUUUAUAAAAUUUUUAUCAAGAAUAAACUGUGCCAGUGUCUGUUAUUAUGAACUGGUUAAUAUUAUAACAAAAUUUAAACGUGAAACAUACUUCCAUACUUUAGUGAAUUCAAAGAAAUUGAAAAGUGUUAACCGCCGCGAACAAAUUCAGCCAAACAAUGGCAGAGGCUAAAAAACAAUCCAAUGAAUCCUUAAGUAGGGAUUUAAAUGUAUCCAAAAUGGUUAUCGAUACAGAUUGUAUGACAUUACCCAGAUUUAUAUUAAAACUUCAAAAGCAAGUUCCACAAGCUACAGGUGAAUUUACACAUUUAAUGGUUUCCAUACAAUCUGCUGUUAAAGCUGUAAGCGCUGCUGUCAGAAAAGCUGGAAUCGCAAGUUUGCAUGGAUUGGUCGGUACAUCAAAUGUUCAAGGUGAAGAGGUGAAAAAACUAGAUCUUUUGGCUAAUGAGCUUUUUAUUAACAUGCUGAGAUCUUCGUAUACAACAUGUGCAUUGAUUUCUGAAGAAAAUGAACACCUGAUACAGAUAGGUGACAAAUAUUCUGGAAAAUAUAUUGUAUGUUUUGAUCCAUUAGAUGGGUCCUCAAAUAUUGAUUGUUUAGUAUCAAUUGGCUCAAUAUUUGCCAUUUAUAAAAAACAUCAUGAGGAAGAAAAGGGAUUUAAACCAGAUGAUUAUUUAAGACCUGGUAGACAAUUAGUAGCAGCCGGCUAUGCAUUAUAUGGAAGUGCGACAAUGCUUGUUCUUGCAACAGACAUCGGUGGUGUAAAUGGAUUUAUUCUUGAUCCAACGGUUGGUGAAUUUAUAUUAACUGAACCCGAUAUGAAAAUACCUCGUAAAGGUAAAAUUUAUUCAGUUAAUGAAGGUUAUACACACCAAUGGUCCAAAGGUAUUGCACAAUAUGUAGCAGAUAAAAAAGAUCCAGCUAAAGGAAAACCAUAUGCGGCACGAUAUGUUGGAUCUAUGGUUGCCGAUGUGCAUAGAACUAUUAAAUAUGGUGGAAUCUUUUUGUAUCCAGCAACAAAGGAUGCACCAAAUGGCAAGCUUCGACUUUUAUAUGAGGCUAAUCCAAUGGCAUAUAUUAUUGAAAGAGCUGGUGGUAUGGCUAGUACCGGAAAGAUUGCAAUAUUAGAUGUUGUUCCAACAAAAAUUCACGAACGUGUUCCAGUAAUUUUAGGAUCAGCUCUCGAUGUUCAAGAAUGUUUGGAAACUUCUGAGAAAUGUGAAACAAAUAAUUAAACGAUUUUAAUUAAUUUUAUUAAUAAAGAGAUUUU